UCCUCCACCACUCUUACUUUCGUUUCUGCUUUACCUGUACGAAAGAGCUUGAUUUGCGUGUUAUAAAGUGAGGCAGAAAGCGCGACUGGUGAAAUUGGUCCUUCUCCCGCGCUUAACAGUACAGGUGGACGAAAGGGGCCGCCUGCCAAAUACUUCUGGUUGGAGGGAGGGGUGGGAGUGCUCUGUCAAAACCACUCCUGGAAUGGCUUAACUCGCCCAGCACGAAUCAAUGACAACCUCCCGCCGGCUGCGGCAGGCUCCCCUGAGCAGCGCUGCCGCGUGGAUUCCCAGCCCGGGACCCUGGCGGCGCUCAGGACACGGCCCGGGCACGAGCGCGGCGUCCCCGGGGCGGCCAGGGCUUUGUCUGAGAACAUGGCCAAUGGCAUUGACGAGCUCAUUGGCAUUCCCUUCCCCAACCACAGCAGUGAGGUCCUGUGUAGCCUGAACGAGCAGCGACAUGAUGGCCUGCUCUGCGACGUGCUCCUGGUGGUACAGGAGCAGGAGUACCGCACCCACCGCUCCGUCCUGGCCGCCUGCAGCAAGUACUUCAAGAAACUCUUCACGGCCGGCACCUUAGCCAGCCAACCCUAUGUCUACGAGAUCGAUUUUGUCCAGCCCGAGGCUCUGGCCGCCAUCCUGGAGUUCGCCUACACCUCCACGCUCACCAUCACAGCCUCCAACGUCAAGCACAUCCUCAAUGCCGCCAGGAUGCUGGAGAUCCAGUGCAUCGUGAAUGUGUGCCUGGAGAUCAUGGAGCCCGGGGGGGAUGGGGGGGAGGAGGACGACAAGGAGGACGAUGACGAUGACGAAGAUGACGAUGACGAGGAGGAUGAAGAGGAGGAGGAGGAGGAAGAGGAGGAGGAGGAGGAUGAUGACACGGAGGAUUUUGCUGAUCAAGAAAACUUGCCUGACCCCCAGGACAUCAACUGCCACCAAAGCCCUACCAAGACAGACCAUCUAACAGAGAAGGCCUAUUCAGACACACCCAGGGACUUCCCUGAUUCCUUCCAGGCUGGCAGCCCUGGCCAUCUGGGCGUGAUUCGGGACUUCUCCAUCGAAUCUCUGCUGAGGGAGAACCUGUACCCCAAAGCCAACAUCCCUGACAGGAGACCCUCCUUAUCUCCAUUUGCCCCGGACUUCUUCCCACACCUCUGGCCAGGGGACUUCGGUGCCUUUGCCCAGCUGCCUGAGCAGCCUAUGGACAGUGGGCCACUGGACCUGGUCAUCAAGAACCGGAAGAUCAAGGAGGAGGAGAAGGAAGAGCUUCCCCCACCCCCACCGCCACCCUUCCCUAAUGACUUCUUCAAGGACAUGUUCCCGGACCUUCCUGGGGGGCCACUGGGCCCCAUCAAGGCAGAGAAUGACUACGGUGCCUAUCUCAACUUCCUGAGUGCCACCCAUCUGGGGGGCCUCUUUCCACCCUGGCCGCUGGUGGAGGAACGCAAGCUGAAGCCCAAGGCCUCUCAGCAGUGCCCCAUCUGCCACAAAGUCAUCAUGGGGGCUGGGAAGCUUCCGCGGCACAUGAGGACCCACACCGGGGAGAAGCCAUACAUGUGCAACAUCUGCGAGGUCCGCUUCACCAGGCAGGACAAGCUGAAGAUCCAUAUGCGGAAGCACACGGGGGAGCGGCCCUACCUGUGCAUCCACUGCAAUGCCAAGUUCGUGCACAACUACGACCUCAAGAACCACAUGCGCAUCCACACGGGCGUGCGGCCCUACCAGUGCGAGUUCUGCUACAAGAGCUUCACGCGCUCCGACCACCUGCACCGCCACAUCAAGCGCCAGAGCUGCCGCAUGGCGCGGCCCCGGCGCGGCCGCAAGCCCGCCGCCUGGAGGGCCGCCAGCCUGCUCUUCGGGCCCGGAGGCCCGGCGCCCGAGAAGGCGGCCUUCGUGAUGCCGCCCGCGCUGGGCGAGGUGGGCGGCCACCUGGGUGGGGCCGCCAUGUGCCUCCCGGGCCCCAGCCCCGCCAAGCACUUCCUGGCGGCGCCCAAGGGCGCGCUGAGCCUGCAGGAGCUGGAGCGGCAGUUCGAGGAGACGCAGAUGAAGCUGUUCGGGCGCGCGCAGCUGGAGGCCGAGAGGAACGCGGGCGGCCUGUUGGCCUUCGCGCUGGCCGAGAACGUGGCCGCAGCGCGGCCCUACUUCCCGCUGCCCGACCCGUGGGCCGCGGGCCUGGCCGGCCUGCCCGGGCUCGCCGGCCUCAACCACGUGGCCUCCAUGUCUGAAGCCAACAACUAGGCUGGUCCUUGUCACCCCGUCCAGCAGCCCUGUCCCCUCUCCCACCAGGCCCACCCUGCCCCACCCAGUGGUUCUGAACUUUGUAAUUCAAAUCGCAAUGGGAAAACGAAAAGAAAUGUUAGCAGCAAUGGUAUCCUCCGGGCCUCCUGAGGCUGCUGCGUCCCUUUUGCUGGUGUAUGAGAUGGGCUUCCCCUCCCAAAGGGCGUGGCCUCUCCCUGGCUGUCUCCCUGGCUCUCACACAGACAGUCACAUGGGCCCAUGCCACAGAGGAGGCCACACAGUGGUGCCCAGGAGCACUUAGGAGCUGUGUGGCGCUAGAUGGAGG